AGAGGCGUGGAUCCGCAGAUCCCUCCGCCCUGCUGGUCACGGAACUGGGCCGGACCAGCCCAUAAACCGUUGACAUUUUUGGUGGAGAAUGCGGGCAGCAGUUGCUUUCUAGCUGUUUAGACUCUCUGCUCUCGGAGAGUUCCGUUGGUAAAGCUUAUCUGUUUCACUGGUACUCUCUAAAAAAACGUGACCUUGAAAACUCCAGGCGGACUGCCAGUAUCGUAGGAUAUUUGUAAACUCAGAGCUUUACUAUCUCGCCUCUGUAAAAAAAAAAAAAAAAAAAUGCUUUCUGUAGUGAAACUUACUUUUAAAGGGCUGCACGCUGCUGCCUCUUCUUUCCUAAUGCUCAAAACAUACUGGGCAUUAAUUAAGCUUGCCACCUUGCUCUAUGGAGCAAUCGGCAUAUACAAUCAAAUGAAAACAUGGGUGGAAAUAUGGACCUGGCACGUUCGUACAAUGUGGCUUACAAUUCCGGAGACAGCUGCCAAUUUUACAGGACUGGGAUUUUUUAAGGUUUCCAGUCUUACCUUUCAGCCUGUAAUGCAGUUUUUGAAUGAACACCUAGUCGCAUUACUAAUCUCCCUGAAUGUAUUGCUCAUCAUUUCGCUCAGUAUUAGUAUUUAUUAUAUUUUGAGGAUAUCCUCCCCAAAACCAGAGAAUACUGAGUGGCAGGGAGUGUGGAGAGGUCUGGGAAAGACUUUAGACAGAUGGAAAUCUUCAGUCUCAUGGAACUUUACUCCAGAACACCUGAAAGACCCUGAGAGUCUAAACAGCUAUUUAAGGCAGGAAUGUUGCGGUUUGGGCAGUUCUGAGGAGGCACAUAUGAUUUGGGGCCUGGCUAAUGCUUAUCGGGCCUUAUUCAAUACUAUCCUGGAGAGAGAGAGAGCUUCUGAAAUUGAAAGGGAGAGCCUCAGGGAAAAAGUUCAAAAUGAGCGAGAGAGUCUCCUGCUCCAGAGGAAAAACCUUCGAUCUGAGAGAGAUGCCCUCCGAAUUGAAAGAGACUCCCUGCAGUCCAAACUCGACAAUCUUAAAUCUCAACAACACACCCUCCAAUCUGAGCUAGAUACUGUCAUAAUCGAACGAAACAAGCUCCAAGCUGAACUGGAGGAUGAGAGCAUUGGAACCGACCAACUUGAUCAACCACAAGAGGCACCACAAUCGAUGUCAGUUGCCCCUGUAAGAGGAUGAAAAACAAAGCGAAUCUCGACUCAGUUAGAAGAGAAGAAAGAGGAGGAAAGAGGUGGCCAAUGCUCUAUCUUUACACUGACUCAUGGAUGGUAGCAAAUGCCUUAUGGGGGUGGUUACAGCAGUGGGAGCAAAAUAACUGGCAA